UGGAGAACUACAGCAUGUACUGCGUGAGCUGCGCCGCCCCCGUCUGCUACCAGUGCCUGGAGGAGGGCAAGCACGGCCAGCACGAGGUGAAAGCCCUGGGGGCCAUGUGGAAACAGCACAAGACACAGCUGUCUCAGGCUUUAAAUGGCGUUUCAGAUAAAGCAAAGGAAGCUAAAGAAUUUUUGGUUCAGCUGAAAAAUAUAUUACAACAGAUACAGGAGAAUGGGUUGGAUUAUGAAGCUUGUCUGGUUGCUCAGUGUGAUGCCUUGGUUGAUGCAUUGACUCGUCAAAAGGCAAAACUGCUCACAAAAGUUACCAAAGAGCGUGAGCACAAAUUAAAGGUUGUGUGGGACCAGAUAAAUCAUUGUACUCUGAAGCUACGUCAGUCAACGGGACUUAUGGAAUACUGUCUGGAAGUAAUCAAAGAAAACGAUCCUUCUGGGUUUUUGCAGAUUUCAGAUGCUUUAAUCAAACGUGUUCAGGUCUCUCAGGAACAGUGGGUUAAAGGAGCCUUGGAACCGAAAGUGUCAGCUGAAUUUGACCUGACUCUGGACAGUGAACCUUUACUACAGUCAAUUCACCAGCUGGAUUUUAUUCAGAUGAAAUUGCCACCAGUCCCAUUACUACAGCUGGAGAAGUGUUGUACCCGAAACAACAGUGUGACGCUGGCCUGGAGGAUGCCACCUUUUACCCACAAUCCAGUGGAAGGUUAUAUCUUGGAGCUUGAUGAUGGAGAUGGCGGUCAAUUCCGAGAAGUGUAUGUUGGCAAGGAGACCCUAUGUACAAUUGAUGGCCUUCAUUUCAACAGUACCUACAAUGCAAGAGUCAAAGCUUUUAAUUCUUCAGGAGUUGGCCCUUACAGCAAGACAGUUGUUUUACAGACGUCUGAUGUGGCCUGGUUCACCUUCGACCCCUCUUCGGCCCAUCGGGACAUAGUCCUGUCAAAUGACAACCAGACUGCCACCUGUAGUAGUUACGAUGAUCGUGUUGUUCUGGGCACGGCAGCCUUCUCCAAGGGAGUACAUUACUGGGAAUUGCAUGUGGAUCGUUAUGAUAACCAUCCAGAUCCGGCUUUUGGAAUAGCUAGAAUUAACGUGGUCAAGGACAUGAUGCUAGGGAAGGACGACAAGGCAUGGGCUAUGUAUGUUGAUAACAACCGCAGCUGGUUCAUGCAUUGCAAUUCUCAUACAAGUCGGACAGAAGGGGGUGUUUCUAAAGGUGCCACUGUGGGCGUUCUCCUGGAUCUAAACAAGCACAACCUGACCUUUUACAUAAAUGGGCAGCAGCAAGGACCUCCAGCAUUUGAAAAUGUGGAAGGUGUCUUCAUGCCUGCAUUAAGCCUCAACCGAAAUGUACAGGUGACUCUGCACACAGGACUGGAGGUGCCACAGAGUGUAAGACAGCCAAAGCUGCCCAGUAACUAACUGAGGUCCUGCUGCCUAACCCUAUGCUGGAUUUUGUAAUCUUUCCAAAUGCAAUUGGUCAUUAUUCACUGUUGGUAACAAAGCAACAUCCCUAAAUUAGACUAACACUUAUGCAGAACAUUGCUAACUAGCAGUGUAUGAUCUGAUCAUUAAUAUUUAUGCACAUCCAUUUUUAAUUUUACUCUGGUAACAAGAAUAUUUAUAAAAUAGGGUUUUU